ACUGCGCAGUUAGUUACUUAUAAACAAUAUGGCGGCGUUCUUACAGCGCAUCUCACUUGCUGGUAGAAAUCUCUUACAUAAUCAUUUGUUGAAGACUAGUUAUCUCAGCGGGUUCUCUGCGGGCCCGCGGCGACUGUUGUCCGCCCAGGCUGCCCAGCAGGUGGCGCUAAAUGUCCCCGAAACCAAAGUGACCUGGUUAGAAAACGGACUCCGAGUGGCCUCAGAGGACUCCGGCCUCACAACCUGCACAGUGGGUCUGUGGAUCGAUGCCGGCAGUCGCUAUGAGAACGAGAGAAACAACGGCACGGCACACUUUCUGGAGCACAUGGCCUUUAAGGGAACCAGGAAACGUUCUCAGCUGGACCUGGAGCUAGAGAUUGAAAACUUGGGCGCUCAUCUUAACGCCUACACGUCUCGGGAGCAGACGGUCUACUACGCCAAAGCAUUCUCCAAGGACCUUCCACGAGCUGUUGAAAUCCUGGCCGACAUCAUCCAGAACAGCAUGCUUGGUGAGGCGGAGAUCGAGAGGGAGCGAGGCGUGAUCCUCAGAGAGAUGCAGGAAGUAGAGACCAAUCUGCAGGAAGUGGUUUUUGAUUACCUGCACGCCACAGCGUACCAGUCCACAGCACUGGGCAGGACCAUCCUGGGCCCCACUGAGAACAUCAAGACGAUCAACAGAGGAGACCUGGUGGAGUACAUCACCACUCACUACAAAGGACCAAGAAUAGUUCUGGCUGCUGCUGGAGGUGUUUGUCACGAGGAACUCAUCAGCUUGGCCAAGUAUCACUUUGGAAAACUUCCCAGCAGAGAUCAAGGUGGAGCCCCCACUCUUCCUCUGUGCCACUUCACAGGAAGUGAGAUCCGUGUGCGUGACGACAAAAUGCCCCUCGCUCAUAUUGUCAUCGCUGUGGAGGCAGUGGGCUGGUCCCACCCUCACACCAUCCCCCUGAUGGUGGCCAACACACUCAUAGGAAACUGGGACCGCUCGUUUGGUGGAGGUGUGAACCUGUCCAGUAAACUGGCUCAGAUGGCCUGCCAGGGAAACCUGUGCCACAGCUUCCAGUCCUUCAACACCUGCUACACCGACACGGGCCUGUGGGGGCUCUACAUGGUGUGUGAGCCGGGCACCAUCAGCGACAUGAUGCACUUCACUCUGAAGGAAUGGAUGUCUCUUUGUACCAGCGUGACAGACAGUGAGGUGGCUCGGGCCAAGAAUCUGCUCAAAACCAACAUGCUGUUGCAUCUCGAUGGAUCCACGCCCAUCUGUGAGGACAUCGGCAGACAGAUUCUGUGCUACAGCCGCAGGAUCCCUCCGCAUGAACUGGAGGCUCGCAUCGAUGCUAUUGAUGCCAACACCAUUAAGGACGUGUGCACAAACUACAUCUACAACAGGGCCCCCGCCAUCGCAGCCGUUGGUCCAAUAGAACAGCUGCCCGACUACAACCAGAUCCAGAGCGGGAUGUUCUGGAGGAGAAACUGAGCCGAACCGUUCUACAGGAACUGUACAGCAAAGGAGCAGAAAUGAUAUUUAAGUCUUGUGUUUAUUUAGGUUUUUAUUAUAAAAUAAAGAAUAACAAUAAUGUUAAAAUAACAGAUUCUAUCAUGGUUUGUGGUUCUUGUCAUUUUUUAUUCUUGGCUGCCACUUGUUCCUGAGCAGCUUUCUUGGCUUUAACCAUCUCCACCAGUUCCUGUCAGAUAAACAAGAGAAGCAUGACUCAGCACGUUUAAACAAAGGUAGAUAUAGCAACGUCUACUGAUCUAGUGGAAGACCAAUAAAACCAGUUUGUCCAACAUACCUUGUACCUCUUCAUACAGUCCUUCUUGUUUCGUCCGGGCACUGC